AUGGGGUUUGGUUUAAGCCUUAGAAAGAAAAGCUCAAAACAGCAAAGCAGGUCAAAUUCAGUAAACGAUGGUUCUGAUUUGCCCCAACCCAAUCCAUCUCCAAGGGACUCACUUAAGUUAAAUUCUAAGUCUAUUGUUGGUCAAGCAAGCACUGAUCCUGGUUAUAAAAUAAAGCAUGAUGUAGUAAGAAAUGUUGAGCCCUUGGAUAGGGCAAAGGGAAGUUCAACUCCACCUGAUGAACUUGUCAAGUACAUGUCUAAUUUGCCUGGAUUUCUCAAGCGUUCUGAUGGAGGAGAAAGCAUUCAAGGGAAGGCUUUAAAUGUUGGGGUUCUUGAUUGGUCACAACUUGAAAAAUGGAAGAGCAAGCAGACGCAUACAAAGGCAGAAGCUAGCAAGUUCUCAUCAUUCAAUAGCAGUGAAGAAACAUCAUCAAGGGAAGCCACCGCAUCAUCUACCAUUUCUGAUGGCGAUAAUAAAAAGCUUGAUGGUAGAAAAGGUUUGAGUUCUUCAAGAAACAAGCAACCUUAUAAAGAAGAGCUUGCUAAAAGUUCUAAAAUGUCUUCUCAGAAGGUUAAACAGUGUCAACAUUCUGACAUUAAAACAAAGACCAUGGGGGAAGUGCUCGGGAUCUCACCCUGGGAAUUUGGAAAAACUCAGUCAGUUACAUCACUUCAGAUGGGGAAAGUUAAUGACUAUGAUGAAAUAACUACAGUAUUUGGAAGCUCUGCAUCCAAAUCCAGGCAUCAUGGGGUCUCAGUAGGUCAUAAUGAAAAUUCAAAUGGUAGGAGUGUUGAAGAUGAGAAGAGAAUGAAAGGUUUGGAUCAGCAUAGCCUCAAGAAAAAGGAGAGAAGCCUAAAGUCUAGUUCUGAUAAGGGUAUUUCAUCAUUAGAGUCAAAAAAUAAAGAUAUCUCAUUUGGUUCUCAGAAGAAAAUGAGUUCCAGUUGCAGUGAACCCAAGAAAAAGAUGGAUCAGUGGCAGGAAUCAGAUAUUGAUACUGGUCAUAGACAAAGUCAUAGGAUGCGUAGUAAUAUUGUGUUGCUUCGUCCCCGAAGAGUUCAACAAUUGAAAUCGGAAGACUAUUUUCAGCAUUCUCAUUCAAGAACCUCAUCCCAUGAAGACCUUGCGGAAUCAAGCCGGAGUAGUUUGUCAUAUAUGUCCAUUCCUGGAGAGGUUUAUGCUGAAGAUUUACAUUCUGAAAUUCCACAUUCUAGAGUACAGCCUUCUGUGACUGAGCUUGUUUCCUCGGAACCACUGCCACAGAGUAAUAAUACUGAUCUAGAUAUUGGUCGGUCUUCUGUUGUAUAUAAGAAAGCAUCUUGCUCAAAUAACACAUCUAGUCUCCAAUCGGAAGACACUUGUAUUGAAAAGGAUGUGUUAGAUAUCAAGCAAAAAAAUCAGUGUGCUUUCAGUAAUGUGCUGGAAUCACGGGACCGUGAAACUCCUGAGCUUACACCUCAGAAUCCCUCAUCUAAUCGUCGACUUAGCUUAAGCUUAAGUAGGAUUGGGAGAAGUUUCAGUUUCAAGGAAGGUUCUAUUCCAAAACUUAGCUCCAUGUAUGUUAGCACAGAAUUUGGUUUAGUGACACCAGAAUCUUCUGCUUGUUUGGAAAACCGUAGCAAAGAUAAGGUAAAAGGUCAUAACAGAACGAGGUCCAGCCCCUUGCUGAGGUUAUUAGACCCCAUAUUAAAGCAUAAGGCAUCAAGCACACACUAUUCAGAUGAACACAGUGUGACAUCAAAAGGAAGCAUAGAUUCGAUCAGUUUGAGGACAAUCAAUCUGCAUGAUGAAAAGAGUAAAGAAUCAUCAAUCCAAGCUCUUUUGCAGGUAACAAUAAGAAAUGGAAUACCUUUGUUUAAAUUUGUGAUCAAUAGUGAAAGAAAGGUUCUUGCCGCUACCAUGAAGAGUGUGCAGGAGAAGGAUGAUUUAGACUGCUAUUUUACAUUCUACCUUGUCAAUGAAAUAAAGCAGAAGAGUGGCAAAUGGAUGAGUCAUUGGGGUAAAGAAAAAAACUGUGGAUAUGUCUACAAUGUCGUUGGUAAGAUGAAGGUUUCUAGCUCUAAAAUGGAUGAAUCAAACAAUGAGAAAUCUAAGAGAGAGAGAGUAAUGAAAGAAUAUGUCCUAAUGGGAGUUGAAGUUGACCAGCUAAAUCAAGAAACAUCACAGAUAUUCAUGAGCAACGAGCUUGCAGCUGUUGUCAUUGAGAUUCCUUGUGAAAACGUAAAUCCUGAAGGACUAUUAUAUAGUCAUAAUUUGCUGAGGAAUAGAUGCUUAAAGUGCUUUACAGAUGAAAAAUGUUUUUGCAGUGGACAAGAAAAUGAUAUCUAUGGCAGCAUUAAGGUUAUACUUCCUGGUGGUGUACAUAGUUCACCAAAAACUGGAGAACCUUCACCAUUGAUCCAAAGAUGGAAGUUUGGGGGAUCAUGUGAUUGCGGAGGUUGGGAUGUUGGUUGCAAAUUGCUUGUUCUCUCGAACCAAAACCUUAGUUCAAAUGUUCCAAGGAGUUCAAAAUCUUCCCUCGAGAGAUUUCAUCUUUUUGUUCAGGAAGGAGCCGUGGAAAACACUCCCCUAUUCACUUUGCUGCCAUUGAAAGAUGGAUUAUAUUCGGUCGAAUACAGUUCAACUAUCAAUCAUUUACAAGCAUUCUUCAUUUCAGUGGUAGUUUUAAGCAGCCAGGAAUUACCAAAUUCCUUGGAAAUGAAUAACAUACAAGAAGCAAUCGAUAAGGAAUUCAGUUCCAAGACCAAUAAUGAACUUCAGGGGAAGGCACCUUUAUACUAUAAUCCAAUUCCUCCAUACUCUCCUGCUGACAGAGUUUAA